AUGUUCGAAAAAAUUCAUCUCCGACAACCUGACGACAACUUGGAAAUGAUUGAAGAUGAAAAUGGUUCUUUACCAAGAAUCCGCGUUAAUAUAUUGAAUCCGGAAUUCAGCAAAUUCGAUAAGAUGUUGGAGUGGAUUUAUACCGGUGAUAGUGAAAAAUGGCUCUGCUCGGCAUUUACCCCCUAUAAUUAUAAAAUUAUCGCUGAGAAUGUUCGUAUUCUUGGGCUGAGUGCAGCAAUGUCGGUUUGUGCACAAUAUAGGGAUCACUUGACGAUUUGUCGAUUACAACUUUCUUAUAAAUUACGGGAGGAAUUAAAAAUCACCAACGAUGAGAGCAUCUCCGCAGAACAAUAA